AUGCGUUCGAGCUGGGUGAUCAGACUGCUUCAAGCGGAAAAGGUCAACAGCCCGAUCCUCGUCAGAGUUUCGAGAAAGGAAGGUGGGCACGAUCUUGACCUGGAUCUUCUCGCUACGGAUGUCCGCCAGCGCAAUCUAAAGAAACUAAGAGCGAAAAACUACGAAGGAUCUGACGAUGAAUGGGCUGGAAUCAUUUCUUUCGGGUUCGCUCUUCAAAAGGGAGGCUCGAUCAGCACCGCACAAAAGCCAAACCUCGAAGUCACUUGUUCAAUCGUAGGCAAAGACCCCAAGUCGACUCUGUCGAUCGCCUUCCGAAAUAAAAUCGAAGACAUCACCCAGCAUCUGGGAACGAUUGACCUACCUCAAACUGAAGACACUGACGACAUCGACUUGUUUGGAUGGGCUCUCCAAGCAGCCGAACAGCGAGAUGGGUUGGAAGAAGAAGUCACAGAUCUAAGAGGAAAAGUCGAGGCAAAAGAUGAAGUAGUGACGGACCUCCAGAAACAAAUCCAAGAAUUGGUAAAGACCAAAGCGGAACACGAGACACAGAUGCUCUCCAAAUUUACAGUGCUUCUGAACGAGAAGAAGCUGAAAGUAAGGAACAUGCAACGAGUCAUGGCCACUGCACAAACAGACCAGAAGAGGUUGAAACAACUGCGGUCAGUUAUCAAAGAUGAGGAAGCUAUGCCAACAGGUCGUCGCACCAAACGGCUGGUUGAAGAUGUUUCCGACAAUGAGGAAACAGAAGAAAGCGAAGGCUUUGAGACCAUGGACGUGGAUACUGUUGGCCACCAUCAGCAGAACGUUGACUCGCCGGAGUCCAAUCCAUCAACUCCACCUCGAUCAGAACCUGACGAUGAAGAUGACGAUCUUGAUGCUAUCGCCCGGUCACAGGUAAGAGCCAUGAAUGCGGCCCAGGAUUCGAGAAAGAAGUCACCCAGUCCACUCACCCCUCGGCGAGAGCUACCGUCCCCGAAGAAGACGGACCGUCAGGCUAAGCCCACAGUUGAAGAAAAGAGAAAGCAGAAUUCCCAGCCUGCGACAAUGUCGGAUGAUGAAGAGACCGCCAGUGAAGAUGAUGAACUAUGA